AAUCUAAUAAGGGUCAUAUAGAAGUUAAGAAGUACCUCAUGGAAAAGAAAAUAAUCAUGUGCUUGCUUCAUUGCUUGUCCAUAGUAAUGUGUUGCUUGUGUGGCAACUUAGUAACAGUGCAUGCAAUUGAAACACCAAAAUACACAGUGAUAAGGUCUGAAUCAGAUUUCCAAAUCAGACUCUAUUCUGAAUCCACAUGGAUGUCAGCUCUUGUUCUUCCACCAACUUCCUUCGACAACUCCACCAAAACUGGAUUCCACAGGUUGUAUGAAUACAUUCACGGUGGCAAUUUGAAUUCAUCAAAACUUGCAUUCACUGCACCGGUCUUAACCAGCAUGCCCUCAUCAGGGGAUGACUAUGUUGUGAGGAUGUAUGUAUCUGCUAGAUUUCAGGGGAAACCGCCACUGCCAAAUCAAGAGCUGAAGUUGCAGGUAGAGAAGUGGAAGGCUCAAUGCAUUGCAGUGAGGACCUUUAGUGGUUUUGCCGCAGAUGAUAACAUUUACAAAGAGAUCGAAGCUCUUAUAAACAGUGUAAAUAGACGGCGCGAAGAUGGAAGAAGUUCAGGGACAAUACAAGAUAAGGGGUCAUACACCAUUGCUCAGUACAAUGGUCCGUCUCAUAACACAGGCCGCCUGAAUGAAGUGUGGAUCAAUGUGUCUGGACUUAUUUCAGAAGGUUGUCCACCUUCUCAGUGAUUCUUUGUGUCGUUCGUAGUGCUUGGAGUUUCUUCUUGUUUCAGUGACAUUGUGUUUGGAGUCUGUUUCAGUGUUACUGUAAUUGAGUAUCUUGCUCUUUUUAGUAUUUUCUGUCAAUGCGAAUAAUGCAAAUAAUGCUCGUGAAGAAAA